AUGGCGCAGAAUACAAUAUACGGCAUUUCCAACACCGAACAUAACCCGAAUGAACAUGACGCUGAACAGACCAAAGACCCAGACGGGGCUGGCGCUCCCGAACUUGCAGAGGUGCACGAUCUGAGGUUUGUCUCGCGGGUGCCUUUAUUUCCUGCUGUCGCUAACACCAGUAAAAGAAAAGGCCUAGAACAGCGCCAUAUCCAGAUGAUCGCAUUGGCAGGCACAAUCGGCACUGGUCUAUUCCUCGGCUCGGGACGAGCUUUGGCAAAUGCCGGACCGGCGGGUAUCUUCAUGGGAUAUACCUUCAUGGGUAUCUUGAUAUCGGGCGUCACUUUAUCCAUCGGAGAAUUGAGUGCCCUCGUUCCACUUAGUGGAGGUGUUAUCAGACCCGCUGCUUACUUUGUGGAUCCUGCUUUCUCCUUUGCGCAAGGAUGGAAUGUCACGUAUCAGUAUAUGAUAUCAAUUCCUGCCGAGAUCUCGGCAGCUUCGGUCAUUGUGCAGUAUUGGAUUACUCUUAACAAUGCUAUUUGGGUUACGGUUUUUAGUGUUGUUCUUUUUGCGAGCAAUCUCUUUCUUGUGCGCAUAUAUGGUGAGGUGGAGUUUUCCCUUGCUAUUUUGAAAAUAUGUUUGAUUGUUGGGAUGAAUAUCAUGGGCCUGGUCAUUACUGCGGGAGGCGGUCCUAACCACAAACCGAUUGGAUUCAAAUACUGGCAUGAGCCUGGGCCUUUCGUGCAAUAUCUUGGCGUACCAGGAUCGCUAGGUCGGUUCAUGGGCUUUUGGACGGUUUUUGUUAAUGCCGCAUACGCCUAUUCCUCAGUCGAAACCAUUUCUAUGGCAGCCGCAGAGACAUACGCACCUAGAAGAAAUAUUCCCAAGGCUGCAAAGAGAGUAUUUGUUAGAGUUGCGCUGUUUUACGUCAUUUCUAUCUUCAUGAUCACUCUUCUAGUGCCCUCAGAUGACCCAAUGUUACUAAGAAGCACCGGAACAGCCGCCCAGUCACCAUUCCUCAUUGCAGCAGAGAGAACCGGAAUAAGUGUAGUGCCUCACAUUAUCAACGCAAUCGUGUUAAGCAGUGCCUGGAGCUCGGGCAAUUCGACUCUCCUCAGCGGCUCCCGAAUCCUCUUCGGUCUCGCCCGUGAGGGCCAGGCACCCGGCCUUCUUGCCCGUACAAGCCGCUGGGGCGUACCCUACAUGGGCGUUCUCGCUAUUGGGGUGUGGAUGGUCCUGGGCUAUAUGUCUGUCAGCUCCACCGCUGCAACUGUGUUUACCUGGUUACAGGACUUGGUUGCUUGCGCGCAGAUUAUGAGCUGGAUGGUUAUAUGUACGACGUACCUGCGUUUUUACUAUGCUAUGAAGAAGCAGGGUAUUUUGAGGAGUAGGCUGCCGUGGGCUGCGCCGCUGCAGCCUUAUGCGGCUUGGGUGACGCUCGUCUCGCUUGCGAUUAUCUUGCUUACCGGGGGCUAUACUACUUUUAUACAUGGACACUGGUCUACUGAGACCUUUAUCUCUGCUUAUCUUGAUAUUGUAAUCUUUGCUGCUCUUUAUCUUGGGUAUAAGAUUUGGUAUCGGACUAAGAUUGUUUCGUUGGAUGAGUUGCCUGUUGCGAGGUUUGUGGAGAUUGCGGAGAAUGACCCUGAUCCACCGGAGCCUCCUGAGUCGAAAUGGUCAAUGGUGAAUAUUCUGUGGGGGUAG